AUGUCUGAAAAAUACAACACCGCAAAGAGUCAAUAUUCAGCCUCCCUAUCAUCUUUUUCAUCAUGUUUAUCUUGGCUUAAUUCUGUUGCAAGCAUGUAUAGUAAUGGUAUUUCUAUAAACAAGGAUCAGAUUGAUAAUGAGAUUAAAGUCAAGCUCACUGAACAAACUAAUUUGAUGCAAAUAAACAAGAAAAUAAUUGAUCAAUAUGAAGGAGAAUGUCGAUACUACACAUUAUGUUUGAUAAAUUAUCCUAGUAAAGAUUAUUAUAUGUAUUAUCAAGUAGCAGGAGGUAGUUUAGAACUAUAUGAAUCAUUUGUUGAUUGUGUCAAGCGAGAAGUAUUUGAAGAGACCAAAUUAGAUUUGAAAGAUUUCCAUUUUAUUGCUUAUAAUGAAGGAUUUCGUAUAUUUCCUGACUGUCCAGAUUGUGAAAUCAUGUUCAAAACUGCGAUCUAUUUAACUAUUACUGAUGAAAUUCCACAACUAACAGAACCUGACAGGAAUUCUGCAUGGGAGGCAUAUACUAUCAACGAGUUUAAAAAUCUCAAAGUUACUGAUUCUUUAAGACUCAAAGAAUCAGCAAUAAUUGAGGCCAUUAAUUCAAAAUUCAGAAAUCAUAGAAAACGCAAGAUUGAGAUUAAUCAUGAAUCUCAAAAACAAGUUAAAAUAGAUCCUGAGGAACUCAAUGAACCUGAAUAUACUACAUCAUCCCCAUCUCUACUUCAAUAUUUAAUAACCACUGAAAAUUUUGGAUUAUUAGCUUUUGAUGUUAAAGUGAAUCGUGGAGAUCAUAGUAUCGAUAUUAUCAUAACAUAUAAGCAAAAACUUAUUUUUAUUCAAUGUAAAAACACUGAGACACCUAUACCUGUCCAAAUUGUGCGAGUUUUUGAAUCAGCUAUUUCAAGAUUUGCAUCUGAUUCUCUUGGAAUCAUCAUGUAUAACAGUGAAAAGUUAAAAGAAAAAGGAAAGUUUGCAACUCUUAAAGCAAAACAAUGGGCACAUAUAUCAAAAAGAAAUAUCAAAUUUUGUAAUAAAGAUCAGUUUGUAGAAAUUAUUAAGGAGUUUUACAAAUCAGAUAAUGAUGAUUAUAUAAAGUUAGUUGAUUAUAAAGCUGACAGAUUUAAUAUUGUUAGUUUAUUAGGAGAAAAUGUUUCUAUUGGUAGGAUAAUUUUUCUUUUCAUAACCUUUAAAACAAUUGACUUACAUACAAUGUCAAAAUUAUUUGAUGAACAAACUCAAGAACUCGCAAAAUUGAAUGGUCUUUUAUCAACUUUCCAUAGCUAUGUAAAUGCUAUCAAUGGUAAUAAUAAUCAUUGCACCUCAUAUAUGAAAAUAGCAUUGAAAAUCCAAUUGAAAGAAUUGGAAGAAUUCGAUUUCAAACAUUACAAAAAUGAAUUCAAAACUUCCAAAGAGAAAAUUAUGAGAAUUAUUAAUCGUAAAUUAGAUCCUGAAUUAGUAAAAAUGAAAGAAGAAUAUCAAUUUUACUCAGCAUCUAAUAAGAUCUACCAAGAAGAUCAUAGAUACGAGGAUGUUAAGAUAUUCAAUAAAUUUCUAGUUGAUAAAUAUGAAAAGGAUUAUAUCGACAGAAAAGUUAAUGAGAUUGAAUCUCUUACUCCUUACAAGGUCAUUUUUGUGAAUCCUUCUCUUGAAACUACAAUUGAUCAUAAAAAAAGACAAAAUAGAAAAAGCAAAAAAUGUCUUAUUCAAUAUUUAAGAGAUCUUUACGAUUUUUACCAAACUGGUAUUGAUGUGAUUUAUAAUGAAUAUAUCAUGUUCAAGAAUGAAAAUGUUUUAUGUAAAGAUUGUCUUAAAUUUUCCCAAUGUAAAAAGAAUUGUGAUUUCAGCUCCUAUGAGAGUCUUUUUGAGCAACUUUUAUAA